ACUUGGAAUCUCACCCUUAUCCAAUAUAAAGCAGUCCACCUGAUCAACAUCCCAUCACCUUAAACAUUCAACCCCUCCAUCACGGAUAUAUUGUGGCAGCUUUUGGACAGGAUGAUGUUGAGAUUUGGACAUGAAUCGAGAGGGUUAACUUGUCCAGUGACCAUAUGGAUCUUAGUGCUACUAGUUUGCAGCCGGUCUCCUCCUGACACAAGACUGUGUGUAUCUUAUUGACUAAUCGUCAUCACUCCCGAACGAAGGGGCAGCUGAUCUAUUUCGUCACACAUUUUAAAACGAUAUUUGCUCGCAGUAUAAAGGCAAAUAGAGGCAGAUUUUGAUGAUUCCGUAUUGUUUCCGAAGAUAUUCAAUCUUGAAAGGAAUCAGCCGCCAUUUGGGAAUACCAGCAAGCCAUGGAUUCAGACGCUUCAUUUGAAAAUCCUCUGUAUAUAGAACUGAAAUAUUUCUGCAAAAGGGUUAAAGAAGCUUACAUGGAUUUAAAAGAUGAUCUGAUUCCGUACAAAGAUAAUCAAUAUUAUAGGAUUGCACCAAUGCGAUUAUAUGCGCUCUCAAAGAGGCACUUUGUCCUUGUGUUUAUCGUAUUCUUCAUCUGUUUUGGGCUGAUAGUUUUUAUUGGCAUAGCUGGUCCAGGAAUUAUUACAUCCACAGCCUUGCCACCAAUUUCAACCAAAAGCAAAGGUCAUCUGUCUCGCCCUUUUAAGCUGCAAACACCUGGCUUGUCUACGUACAAUCAAGAACUAUGGUUAAUGUGCCGCUUUGAACCCAACAAGUCCACAGGUGAAGAAUUCAGGAAAAAUAUUCCAUUGACAGUUGCAGUAAGUGGAGUCAUGCAAGACACGAGUGUGCCAAAUAUCAGAGUCGAUGCUCACAAUCAUACCCGGUCACUUCACUGUACAAAUGGGCUAUGUGAUGAAAUAAUUGUACUACACCUCGGUUAUCUGAACUAUACCGAAUACAUGAUUACCAUCACCUUCUAUGAUCUAGAGGAUCCUUUGUUUUCGAUCAAGAAUGUAAAUUUCACUUUGAAGAUGUAUGAUGCCUUAUUUUCCCAAGUGGAAAUCUGGUUCCGAUUUAUCUUUGUUGUUUUCACCUUCAUGGUCACAUGCUUAUUUACUCACUCUUUGAGGAAGUUUUCAAUGAAAGAUUGGUCAAUUGAACAGAAAUGGAUGUCCAUUCUAUUGCCUUUGUUACUGCUUUAUAAUGAUCCAUUCUUCCCUCUUUCAUUUCUUGUAAACAGCUGGUUUCCAGGAAUGCUUGAUGACUUAUUCCAGGCAAUCUUUCUGUGUGCAUUGCUACUGUUUUGGCUCUGUGUUUACCAUGGAUUUCGUGUGCAGGGAGAGAGAAAGUUCAUGACUUUCUAUUUGCCUAAACUGUUUAUUGUCGGUCUCCUUUGGUUGGCUGCAGUGACGCUUGGGAUUUGGCAGACAGUUAACGAAUUACACGACCCAUCAUAUCAGUACAGAGUGGACACAAGCAACUUCCAGGGAAUGAAAGUUUUCUUCCUGAUAGUGGGUUCCGUGUAUAUAUUAUACCUUGUCUUCCUGAUUGUAAGGGCCUGUUCUGAACUGAAAAACAUGCCAUACUUUGAUCUCCGACUGAAAUUUUUGACUGGGCUAACAUUUAUUGUGUUGGUAAUCAGCAUUAUAAUACUAUAUCUGAGAUUUGGAGCAAAGGUCCUGCAAGACAAUUUUGUUGCUGAGCUUUCAACUCAUUACCAGAAUUCAGCUGAAUUUUUAUCUUUCUAUGGGCUGCUGAACUAUUACCUGUACACACUAGCGUACGUCUAUUCCCCCUCGAAGACUGCUGUGUAUGAAUCCCAGCUAAAGGAUAACCCAGCCUUUUCCAUGCUGAAUGAUUCUGAUGAUGAUGUGAUUUAUGGGAGUGAUUAUGAAGAAAUGCCUCUACAAAAUGGCCGUGUCAGUAAAUCGAAAUACAAGGAUGAGUCAGACAGUGACUGAAGUAUGCCUUCAAAGGACUAAUUGUUAGCAAGAAUGUAUACACUUACUGAAUCCUGAAAAUGGGUGGACUUGAGUUUUCUUCAAUUUUUCAUGCUGCCAACUACUUACUUAGCUGAAUUUUGCAAUUAAAGUCAUCUUAUUGUGACUUCACAAGUAAAGACUUACAUUUUCAUUCUCCAAGCACCUCAUCUAGCUGGUCUAUAUCAUGUGAGCAAAGGAGCAGACAUGUAUGUGGAUGAUUAGGGUUUUUUUCUUCCAAAGGGAAAAGAAUUAUAAAUAGUUUUUUCUUCAAAAACCUUUUGAGCUUGGUCAUAGAGCCUGACAGCAUGGAGACAGGCCCUUUGGCCCAAACUGGUCCAUGCCAACCAAAAUGUCCAUCUCCUCUCACCCCAUUUCCCUGCACUUGGCC